ACGCUGAAUCGCUGUUGAGCCCGCCGUGCUUGUCUUUCAGCCAUUGCACCACGUCGUGGCCGCAUCACAAGCCCAUUUCGGCGUUCCGAAAGUGCGGCGGAAUACAUCGCUUACUUGUUUCUCUCCAGACUUCUACCGCGUGCCAAAAUAGAAUCUAUGGGCGCGUGAGCCCUUCGUUUCAAACACAGCCAUCUCCUACCACUCCCCUAUUGGUUCUCCUAACCUCGCCUAUACUUUCCACAGAGCAACAGCAGCGCUAGGAAUGGUUUCGUUUCGAGCCCCAUUGCUCAACAGCGCAGCAGCGAGGAACAAGCCUUCCGUCUUUCAGCUCUCCGUAAAAUACUCGGCAGCCGGCGGCGGCAACUACGCGCCGCCAAUCAGUCCCUACGGCAAGGGCAAGAGAGCCAACUGGGCGGGAUGCGGCCCGUUUGCCUGGGAAUGGUUCGGAGGGAAACCCAUGCUCCUGAUGAUGCUGAUAACGGCGUGCGUCGCGGGACACGUGGCGAUUAGCAGGGGCCGCAACUCGCUCUGGACGCGACUCGCCAGCGAGCCGCAGAUGAUUCUCGCGGCGCAGAAGGCGCUAGACGCGCAGCAAGACGCGGAAGCUCUUCUAUCCGGACCCGCGAUGAGCGUGCGCGUGACCGAGGAUCUGAAAGUGCGCGACUCGAGCAUCGAUAGCACCGUCGCUACUAGAAACGUCGUUGCCGCUGCCACGGCUGUCGAAGGCAACGUCGGAGACUCCUCCAUGUCCUCCGUCGCCGCGAAAGUCGGCGAUGCGCUCGAGCGGCAAGCAGAAGAGGAAUCAGCGGUGGAUUCUCCGCUGCAAAUUACGGCGAAGACUGUGCAAGCCGAGGAGCCGCUGCAGGAGGAGGACCAUUCGGGGAAACAGCAGCAGGCGGAGGCCGAGAAGCAGCGGUACUACAUGGUGGUGGGUGGGAAUAACACGUGUAUCGAGGAGGACGAGUGGAAGUGGAGCUUCCUGUGCGCCGCGGCGGAGGCGAAGGCUUUAAAGCGCGUCCUGGUCAUCCCGCUUAUGUACUGCUUCACCGGCUGGGGCGGCAAACCCGUGGAAAGGCCCAUGGCGCUUUACUACGAUGUGGAUAAGAUGAAAAGCAUCCAGCCGCUCGUGAGCGACCUGGAAUUCGACCUGCGCUUCGGCGACUGGCGCUCCCGCGCGUUCCGCAAGCGGUACACGGUGCGCGAGUUCGGGUCGAACACGCCCACCAGCGAAGUGCGCAGCGACGCGGGCGACGCGCACCUGGUCGUGCGCAUCCUCCAGGAGCAGCAGCGCGCCGCGCGCAUAUGCAAGGGCGAGGACUCGUUGGUGCGCAACGUGCGGCUGGUGCAGGAGCGGCGGGAGCUGCUCGUGCUGAGCGGCGCCAUAGCGGCGUCCAUGGGGAACGGGGACUACGCCGCGGUGCUGGUGAAGCGCGCCAAGCGGAGCAUGUGGACCGGCUGGUCCAACGUCGACCGCCACACCCGCCCCGCCGCGCUGCUCAAGUCUCUGCCCCGUUUCAUUCCCAAGGGGCGCCACGUGUACAUAGCGUCGAACGAGCGCACUCCGGGGUUCUUCAGCCCGCUCGCCUCGCUCUACAGGAUCCACGUGCUCUCCGACUUCCGCCACCUCUGGGCGCCCGGCAGCGACUGGUACAAUGACUACAGGGACGUGCUUGCUGCUCUGAGGAUGCGAGGCGCAGAGCCAGCGUUUGAUCUGCACAUGAAGGGGAUUGUGGACCGCCUGAUUAUGAAGAGUGCAUCAAUGAAGGUGGAUGUUUUCAAAGACAUUGUACCCCAUGCCCAGGGAUCUUAGAUUUCUGAUGUAAGCAAAAUCGAAAGCAUGAUCAGUAAACGGGCAUAUGGUUUACACGGGUGAAUAGCCGUCAUACGAAAUGCACUGACGAUCACCACUUUUGAGGGUUAGGUUUAAAUUUAAAAGCCACCACCUAGCUCGUUUUGCUAUAAUUUUUGGGUAUCAACUAUGUACUUGCAUUCUAUAAAACCCUUCAUACACU